ACUCCGACCCCAGGAAGCCCCUCCUCCUGAUGUGCUCUCUCUGGAACAGACCUGGGCCGCUGCCCGGCCCGCCUGAUGCCUCAUUGGCCCCUGGCCCCUCUUCGACCCCCAUUUUGGGGGCUGGGGCCCUCACGGGGCGCCCCCCGGCCGCGGCCUCUCUGCACUCAGCCGGAGCCCCAUGGAGCCCGCGUAUCCCGGAAGAACCGAGCAGCCAAGCUGAAGCGCCUGCGGGAGAGGCCGGCGGCGCUGGAGGCUGGGGUAGCGGCCAGGAACAAGUCUCCUGCAGGAUCCAGUAAGGCCUGGACUCCUAAGGAGAUAGUAUUAUAUGAAACCCCCACGGAGCCCGGGGACAAGAAAGAUGUGUCGGGGCCCCUGCCUCCUGCGUACAGCCCCAAGUAUGUUGAGGCCGCCUGGUAUCCCUGGUGGGAGCGAGAGGGCUUCUUCAAACCAGAGUAUCAGGCCCGGCUGCCCCAGGCCACGGGGGACAGCUUUUCCAUGUGUAUCCCGCCCCCCAACAUCACUGGCUCUCUGCACAUUGGCCAUGCCCUCACGGUGGCCAUCCAAGAUGCUCUCGCGCGCUGGCACCGGAUGCGAGGGGAUCGGGUGCUGUGGGUCCCAGGGUCAGAUCACGCGGGAAUCGCUACGCAAGCUGUGGUGGAGAGGCAGCUCUGGAAGGAACGGGGCGUGAGGAGACAUGAGCUGAGCCGGGACGCCUUCCUGAGGGAGGUGUGGAAGUGGAAGGAGGCGAAAGGAAGCGAGAUCUGCGAGCAGCUCCGAGUGCUGGGCGCCUCCUUGGACUGGGACCGAGAGUGCUUCACGAUGGAUGCGGGCUCCUCGGUGGCCGUGACCGAAGCUUUUGUGCGACUCUCCAAGGCGGGGCUGUUGUACCGGAACCGGCAGCUUGUCAACUGGUCCUGCGCGUUAAGAUCCGCCAUCUCAGAUAUUGAGGUGGAAAGCCUGCCCCUGGAGGGCUGCACGGAGCUGCGCCUGCCUGGCUGCCCCGCUCCAGUCCCCUUCGGCCUCCUCGUUUCUGUUGCCUUCCCCGUGGACGGAGAGCCUGAUGCAGAGGUGGUGGUAGGAACCACGAGGCCAGAGACGUUGCCUGGAGAUGUGGCUGUGGCCGUCCACCCCGACGACUCCCGAUACACGCAUCUACACGGGCGGCAGCUUCGACACCCCUUAACUGGGCAGCUACUCCCUCUCAUCACGGACUCUGCUGUCCAGCCACACCUGGGCACAGGGGCGGUGAAGGUGACGCCGGCCCACAGUCCUGCGGAUGCUGAGAUGGGAGCCCGGCACGACCUGAGCCCCGUGAGCGUCAUCGCGGAAGAUGGGACCAUGACCUGGCACUGCGGGGACUGGCUGCAGGGUCUUCACCGGUUCGUGGCCCGGGAGAAGAUUGUGUCGGCCCUGAGGGAGCGGGGGCUGUUCCGGGGCCUCCAGAGCCACCCCAUGGUGCUGCCCAUCUGCAGCCGGUCUGGGGACGUGGUAGAAUACCUGCUGAAGAGCCAGUGGUUUGUCCGCUGCCGAGAAAUGGGAGAGCAGGCCGUCAAGGCCGUGGAGUCGGGGGCCCUGGAGCUGCACCCGUCCUUCCACCAGAAGCACUGGCUGCACUGGUUUUCCCACCUAGGGGACUGGUGCGUCUCCCGGCAACUGUGGUGGGGCCAUCAGAUCCCAGCCUACCUGGUGGUGGAGGAGCAGGGACAGGGCCAUGGGUCAGACUGUUGGGUGGUCGGGCGGACAGAGGCCGAGGCCAGGCAGGCCGCUGCAGAACUGACAGGGAGGCCGGCGGCAGAGCUGACCCUGGAGAGGGACCCUGACGUACUGGACACGUGGUUCUCUUCCGCCCUUUUCCCCUUUUCUGCUCUGGGCUGGCCAACAAAGACCCCAGACCUCGCCCGUUUCUACCCGCUGUCCCUUUUGGAGACCGGCAGUGACCUCCUGGUGUUCUGGGUAGGCCGCAUGGUCAUGCUGGGGACCCAGCUCACAGGGCAGCUCCCCUUCAGCAAGGUGCUGCUUCACUCCAUGGUUCGGGACCGGCAAGGCCGCAAGAUGAGCAAGUCCCUGGGGAAUGUGCUGGACCCGAGGGACAUCAUCACAGGGGCAGAGCUGCAGGCACUGCAGGAGAAACUGAAGGUCGGGAACUUGGCCGCGGCAGAGCUGAACAUGGCAGCCGCCGCACAGAGAAAGGACUUCCCGCACGGGAUCCCUGAGUGUGGGACAGACGCCCUGAGAUUCACGCUGUGCUCCCAUGGAGCCCUGGCGGGUGACCUGAACCUGUCUGUCUCUGAGGUCCUGGGCUCCCGGCGUUUUUGCAACAAGAUCUGGAACGCCCUGCGCUUCAUCCUCAACAGUCUGGGGCAGGGAUUCUCACCCCAGCCCACGGAGGAGCUGUCUCCCUCAUCCCCCAUGGACGCCUGGGUCCUGAGCCGCCUUGCCCUCACCGCCGCGGAGUGUGAGCGGGGCUUCCUGGCCCGGGAGCUGCCCCUUGUCACCCACGCCCUGCACCACUUCUGGCUCCACAGCCUCUGUGACGUCUACCUGGAGGCAGUGAAGCCGGUGCUGGCCCGCUCCCCCCGGCCCGAGGGGCCCCCGCAGGUCCUGUUCUCCUGCGCUGACAUCGGCCUCCGCCUCCUCGCCCCGCUGAUGCCCUUCCUGGCCGAGGAGCUCUGGCAGCGGCUGCCCAGCAGGCCAGGUGGCCCCGCUGCCCCCAGCAUCUGUGUGGCACCCUAUCCCAGCGCACACAGCUUGGCGGGGCAGGAAGAGCCCAUCCCCCGGCUGUAAGGGGGUUGAUGACCUCACUCUCUGCCGUCAAGUGAACUCCGACUCACUGUGACCCCUGGGACAGGCUAGACCUGCUCCCUGGAGCUUCGAAGGCAGUAACUCUACGGUGUUGAAAGUCAUCCUUCUUCCUCGGAACAACUGGUGGUUUCGAACCGCUGACCUUAAAGUUAGCGGUCCAACCAGACGCCACUAGUCACCAGGCUCCUUGGUAAGGGAGCCAGAAGUCAAACCUGUUGCUGUCGUCCGUCAGUCCCGGCUCCCUCAGGGCUGCUGCCAGCUCUCAUGCCCUCGCAGGGUAGAUGCUACAAACUCACUCCCCGGAAAACCCAUUGCCCACCUACCUGUGUGCAUUUCUUUUUCCGAUUACUGGGGUUUGUGACUUUUGAGUGAUCCUGUAUAUCUUUUCAGUUCUAUUGACCUGUAGGAUUCACGUAUCAUGUAAUUCCCUGGCUCCAGUGCCCCUCCCUCCCUCUUGGGGUCACGGGAGUGUGGGGCGCUUCACCCGAGCCCGCCCUCCGCUGACUGGGUCCACUCCCAGCGCGCGCCCUCUCCAGUCUUCUCAGGCAGCUCUCUGCUGUGUGGUUCCUCGAGGCAGUGGUCUCUGCUGGAGAGCUCAGACCUAGGGUUGCCCUCGGGGCGGGAUGGGAGGUGGGUGCAGGCUGGGCUCUGUGUGUCAUCUGUGGUCCCUGU